AACCAAGCUUUCAAAAGGAUACGCUUCAAACUCAACGCUUUCGAAAGGAUAAAAGUGUGAAGAAUAAGAUGCUACUACAACUUCAACAUCGAAAAUAAAACGAUUCAACUCUGUUGCGGUCUUUGCUUACCAAGGUUUGUUGGAUCAUGAUGGGUACUGUGAUUUGGUUAUUGGUGGCUUUCUUUGCUGUAGAUGCAGUCGACAUGUUUGGUAAAGAUAAUCUACGAAACUCUGAGUUGCCGCCUGUUCGUCCUGAAUCAAUCGAAGCUUUCAAAAGCUUGCUACACAAGGCUUUGAGUACGGAAGGAACUUAUCACAGAGAUCUAUUAAUAACAGCGGAUAUACUUAAAGCUCCUCCCGGUUACGUAAUUCCCAAAGAUGGUGGAUCUGGUAUACCUCAAGAAAUGCCGCUUUCUCCUGAAAUGCGGGAGUAUUUUAAUGGGCAAAUAACUCAUGUAUUAACAUCGUUAGAAAAAUUAGACUAUGCUUUAAAUAGACUUUUUGGAGAACGGUUAUUAACAAGUCAUUUUACGGAAUCAAAAGAUUCCUUGGAUCCAAAACUUAUGGAACAUUUGAAUUCUUAUAGAUCUAAAAACAAAGAAUCAGUGGAAUUUUCGUCAAAUAUUUCAAAAGGUAAACCUGAUCUUCCCAAACAGGACUCUACUGAUACCGACUGUGACGUAGAAGUAAAUAGUCGUAGUGCGGCAUGCAAAGAGAGCUCACCAUCUAUUCCGGAAUUGCAGAGUCUUCCCACAGUUGAUUUCGUAACGGCAUCAGAGUCGGAAUUCGCAUCUGAAAAGGAAACUGCCACAUCAGCUUCAGUAGUGGAUGAAAUUGCCACUGAGUACAUUAAGGCUUUCUCAGAAAUGCCAGAACCUUCAACAGUUUCAUCUAAUCUUCAUGAGGUUUCCCUUUCAGAACAAGCUGAUGGUGCUGUUAGUUUUACAGCACUUGAUGAUGAAUUCAUAAUGCACCUAAUGUCAACCUCCAUUUCUCAUAUCUCAAAUAAACCUAGCUUUGACCCAGAUGAGUCAAAAGCUCAUUUUGAAAAAGAAGCAAAAUAUCAGACUUCAACAACAGACGCUGCAACAGAUUCAAGCGAAUCUGAAGCAACAACAGAAACUAAAUCUGAUUCAAUGCCUCCAUCGCGCAAAUCUCGAAGAGUGUUGACUUUCGAGGAGGUUCAAAUAUUAGAUAAAUCAUUAACUCUAAAACCCGAACUAAAGUAUCACGUUAUAAGCACGUUUAAUGAAGACCUUAACCCAUUAUCAGAUAUUUAUUUCUCCUCAAAUGAUGAAAUCGAUGACGAAACAUCUAGUUCAAAAUCUGUGGAGAAAAAAAGAAUUAAUCCACGUGGCAUUUCUCUUGAAGAUCCUAUAUUUUACCAAGCUCCUACACCACAAAAAAUGUUCCUGCGAUAUUAUAGAGAUAUACCAGAUACAUCCUUUACAUGCGAAAACAAGCCAAUACCAGGUUUCUAUGCAGAUCAAGAGACUGAUUGCCAGGUGUUUCAUGUGUGUUGGCCUGGGCGAAGAGAAAGUUUCUUGUGUCCUGUAGGAUCUUUGUUUAACCAACAAGUUCUGUCUUGUGAUAAUUUCAACAACACAAACUGCUCCCUCUCUCACGCAUAUUUUGACGUGAACACUGCCUUCCAAGAGUUCGAUGAUGCUCAUGCUCAAAAUGUCACUCCAAUACCAGAUCCAAUGAUGAAACCUCUUCAGAACGAUUCUGGGACAACAGCCAUAGUUACGAAUAGAGCGGAUAUCGUAGAGCUUUUCGAAGCUGACCUGCACUUUUCGGAUAUGGUCAACAAAACCAAUAUCACUGAGUUGUGGGACUAUUUGCCGGUUAAAGCUAAAGUCUUUGUUUAUCCGGAGCCCUCGGAUCUUAAGACAUUCCUGGCUCAGCACCGCCAUCACAAGGUCAGGAAGUCGAAGGAUGUGAGAGAACAGGAAAGUUCGACUGACUCUGAGGACUUUGAAGCUGGUGAACAGGAUGAUGUUCUCGAAAAACGGAGAAGAAUAGAGGCCAAUAUUAUAAGAGUGCUUAAAAAGUUAUCGAGAAAGCAUCGCAAUUAAACUGAAAGACUUUUUUUUUUAAAUUUUGCCGAAGAAUUUUAUGUUUUAAAAUGUAAAGUGAUGUUAUUGAUUAAACUAUCUGUAUUCACUUA